GAGCAAGAGCUGCAGAAAUGCAUCCAGCAAAGCCAGGCAAUGGCGACACGAAGCUGUGGCCUCUUUCAGAAACUUGGAGAGUAUCACCUGCAAAAUGCGUUUCUCGUUGCUUACAUGAAGAAAGCCCCUCAGCUGACCUCAUCUGAGCCGAUGACUUUCACCAGGAAAAUGGUGACUACAGCCGCCACGUGUUGUCAACUCAGCGGGGACAAGCGAUUGGUCUGUGGGGAAGGAGCGGCUGACCUCAUUAUUGGACAGUUGUGUAUCAGACAUGAAGCAAGCCCCGUGAACCCCGGUGUGGGCCGUUGCUGCAGUUCUUCCUAUACCAACAGAAGGCCAUGCCUCAGCACUCUGCUGGUGGAUGAAACAUAUAUCUCUCCACCUUUUUCUGCUGACAAAUUCAUCUUCCAUAAAGAUCUGUGCCAAGCUCAGGGUGCAGCACUACAAGAAAUGAAACAAUAGUAAGAAAUUGUUAUUUUCUAGCAUGAAGCCCAGCAAUGCCAAGGAGCAGUUGCUGUAAAGAGACUUCUGCUUUAUACUCCUCAUAUUCUUAGGCUCACUAGAAUGUAUUAUCCUUAAAGAACUUCAGGUGUUUUUUUUU